AUGGAACGAAAACCGGAUAUAUGUGUUUUUGUUAGUGCUCUAACACAUGAACGUGAUAUACGAACAUGUGUACGUGAUAUCAAUACGCAGCUAAGUCACGUAGGUGUGGCUGGUCCUAAUCUUGAGGUAACUGGUCGUGUAAAAGCUCUUAAAGUAACAUUUGAAUCAACAGUUGGAGCAUUACAUACUAAUUCAAAAUUAUCAGCACGAAGUAUUAUCCUCAAAGCUCAACAUAUUUUUAUUAAACCGGAAGCUUUAUUUACAUGUUCAAAAUUACGG